CCUCCUGUCAGGAAAAUAUGGCGGACAGGGAGUCUUGACGCGUUUGUUUUGGUGCUUCGUUUGACAGUUUUCUGCAUUUGAUUUCGACUCUAAGUGAUCAAGUCGCAACAUUUGAACUGAGACCAGCAAGCCAAGCAGUCCUGCGGUUGGCUGGUGACCAUCACCAAGGUGCACUCUCCAUCUUGCAUAAAGUCAGCUGGGAAGGGCUGCGGCAUUCCUGCUACCCAAAUGAGUACGAGUGCUAUAGAAAUUGAUGGAUGGCUGGCAAAUCAUGCCUUCGGCCUGUGAGUCUCUGAUUGACGACAUUGAGGACAUGGUGUCCUCUAGUGACCCCACUCCUCAUGAGAGGCAGUCUGCUCGUAGGAGUAUCAUACCCAGAGCCAGGAAAAGAAAUGAAAUUUUGAACAGUGAGGAGCUACAAGCUGACAGUCUAAUUCCUGGCACUCAGAAAAUUUGGAUGAAAACGUGGGGCUGCAGUCACAACAACUCAGAUGGGGAGUACAUGGCGGGACAGCUUGCUGCCAGCGGAUACAAAAUGACAAAUGACCCAGCCGAAGCAGAUUUGUGGCUUCUGAACAGCUGCACUGUCAAAAAUCCUGCAGAAGACCACUUCAGAAACUCAAUCAAAAAAGCCCAAGAGCAACAAAAAAAGGUGGUAUUAGCCGGUUGUGUUCCACAGGCCCAACCUCGAAUGGACUAUCUCAAAGGGCUCAGCAUCAUAGGGGUCCAACAGAUUGAUCGAGUGGUGGAGGUGGUGGACGAGGCUGUUAAAGGUCAUUCAGUUCGUCUUUUGGGCCAGAAGAAAGAUGGAGGCCGGAGGCUAGGGGGAGCAAGACUUGACCUUCCCAAAAUAAGGAAAAACCCUCUAAUUGAAAUCAUCUCCAUUAACACGGGGUGCCUGAAUGCAUGUACCUAUUGCAAGACAAAGCAUGCCAGAGGAGACCUAGCCAGCUAUCCCAUAGAAGAGCUGCUUGAAAGAGCUCGACAGUCUUUCCAAGAGGGAGUGUGUGAAGUCUGGCUGACCAGCGAAGACACUGGAGCUUAUGGUCGAGACAUUGGGACUGACCUGCCCACUCUACUGUGGAGGCUGGUUGAGGAGAUUCCUGAAGGGGCUAUGCUUAGGCUCGGGAUGACCAACCCUCCUUACAUCCUGGAACACCUUGAGGAGAUGGCAAAGAUAUUGAAUCAUCCGCGUGUCUAUGCCUUCCUUCAUGUUCCUGUGCAAUCAGCCUCAGACAGCGUACUCAUGGACAUGAAGAGAGAGUAUUGCAUUGAUGACUUCAGAAGAGUGGUUGACUUCUUGAAAGAGCGGGUCCCAGGUGUAACAAUUGCGACAGAUAUAAUCUGUGGCUUUCCUGGCGAGACAGAGGAAGACUUCAGAGAAACGAUGGACUUGGUGAACUGUUAUCGAUUCCCCAGUCUCUUCAUCAAUCAGUUCUACCCCAGACCUGGGACACCAGCCGCCAGAAUGGAGCAAGUGCCUCCACAUGUGAAGAAACAACGGACAAAAGAACUGUCUCAACUAUUCCACUCCUACAACCCUUACGACCACAAGGUUGGCGAGAGACAACAUGUGUUGGUGACAGAAGAGUCAUUUGAUUCCCAAUAUUAUGUGGCUCACAACAAGUUCUAUGAGCAGGUACUGGUUCCCAAGAGGUUAGAGUUCAAGGGGAAAAUGAUUGAAGUAGACAUCUAUGAGGCAGGAAAACACUUCCUGAAAGGACAACCAGUGGAAAACACUAAACCUUUCACUCCCUCCAUCGCUGCCCCACUUCAAAAGGGAGAAGUGUCUGGCCUGAUGCAGGAGCCGAUGUCAAAUGGUGUCCAAGGUCCCUCUUCUAUGUCUUCCUCUGUUUUGUUGAUUGGGUCUUACAGUGUGGACCGAGAGCUAUUGAAGAGACUGGGGGUCGGACUGGCGCUGGCAGCCGCCUUUCUGGCUUUUAUUGUGGAGAGAAUCUAUUAACGUUCCAACCGUACACUGGAAGAGAAGCCGUAACCAGAGAGCGGAUGGUGACAUUAACAGUACCUUUGAAUGGAAGUCACAUCAUCAAAUUAUACUACAUGUGUCUUUCUGUGCCUUAUGCACUCAAAAGUUGGGGAUUUUGGUUGGAUAUUUGCUUUUAAACUAAUUUUAUUUAGCCAAUGUUUGCUUGUUUUUGAAUGAAGGCAAAUAAAUGUUUUGUACAUCUUUGAGUACAAAUUGUUCCCAUCCUGAA